AUGGCCAUUCUCAUGGUCUGUUUGUGCAGUUUCGUCCACUCAACUUCAGUCAAUUUCAAACAAUCUUUGGGAAACUAUGUUAAUUUACCAGAAAGUGUUUAUGCCUACAAAUUAAUCAGUAGUAGAACCAUCACUGGUGCUACCAUCUACACAUUGAAUGUUACCUCUCUCACUUGGUUGCCUGAAUCAGAGGUUGGCUCAGCUCACACCUGGUUCCAUUAUUUGGAAAUUACAAUUCCAAAUGAAUUGAAUAAGAAUAAUCAUGAAAGUUUCUUCUUUAUCACAAAUGGUAAUACCAAUGCUGAUGUUCCUGGAGCAACUGAUUCAUCAGCUUCACCAAUUUAUGUUCCUUCCUUCACUUAUAAUCUUGCAGUUACCACAAAGAGUAUUACUGCUAUUGUAUAUAUUGUACCAAAUCAACCAAUUACCUAUGCUUCUGAUUCUACUCAUACUAGUAGAACUGAAGAUGCUAUUAUUGGAUUCGGUUGGAAUCGUUUCAUGAGUAAUACAAGUGAUCCAUCUAAUUUAUUGUAUGUUACUCAAUUACCUCAAGUUAAGGGAAGUAAGAUGGCAAUGGAUGCUGUUGUUGCUUUUGUUAAGAAACAAGUUAAUCAUAAUGUUGAAACAUUCUUUGUUAGUGGUGCUUCAAAGAGAGGAUGGACCACCUUGUUGUUGGCUGCAGUUGAUUCAAGAGUUUCUGCAAUUGCUCCAAUGGUUAUUCCUGUAUUUGGAACAAGAGAUUUCAUUUUGAGAACUUAUAAUAAUUUAUGUGCUUGGCCUCUUGCUUUCCAUGAUUAUGUUUCUGCAGGUGUCAUUGAUUAUCUUUUCAAUGAUGUUUUUGACAGUUUGACAGAUAUUGUUGAUCCAGCUAAUUAUGUUAGAUUGCAAACUAUUCCAAAGUAUCAAAUACUUUCUAUGGGUGAUGAAUUCUUUGCUCCAGAUCUUAAUGCACUUUCCUAUUCAAAGAUUAAGGGUGAAAAGUAUGUUCGUUUCCUUCCAAACACUGGUCACUACAUGCUCAACACUGAUGUUCUUGCUGUUCUUGGAACAUUCUACACUUCCAGAUUGAAUAAUCAAAUUCUUCCAAAGUACAGUUUCUCUCAUGAAUAUGUGAAUGCAGGUGUUGUCAUUUAUGUUUCAGUUAGUAAUGGAAUUAAGCCAUCCAGUGUUAAAGUUUGGUACGCCACCAAUCCAACUGCACACGAUUUCAGAACUACCACCAUUGGAUCCAAUGUUUGGCAAAAUCAAACCUUAAUUGAAACUAAAUCACUCGAAUGGCAAGUUUUAAUUAAUAAUCCAACAAGUGGAUGGACUGCUGCUAUGGUUGAAUUGACCUUUGAUAGUACUAUUGGUGGUGUCUCUUUGACUCCAUUGAAAUUCACUACUAAUACCUACGUCACUCCAGAUACUACACCAUGUACUGUUAGUGCAACAAAUUUGCCAACUCACAAUUUGGUUUAA